GAAAUAAACGACAUAGUACAUAGUUUAUUCACAAGCCAAUAUUUCUUCUCAUAUUCAUAGAAUCACAUUCCUCUCAAAUUCUGCAACAACUCUCUCCUUCUUUGUAAUGACAAUAACAAAAGCCAACAUUUAACCCUCUCCCUGCUUGAGCCCACCGUGAAUCCAACCAAUUUAAAGGCCAGAAGAAUGUCUUCCGGAUUUCCAGGCGGCUUUACCGGUGGCAGUGGGGGCAUGAACAGGAGUUACAGCACCAAUCAGCAGCAGCAAUUUCCGUUCCGAUCGCCGCUAUCCGAAAUCCUUCACGACCCUGCUUCCCAGAUCCGGCAACGGAAGAGAUCACUAGCAGAAUUUCAGCAACAGAACCAGCAAGGCUUGGAGUUGUAUCUACGAAACGUCAAGCUGAGGCCGAAUUUCCACCAUGCAAAUCCUCUUUCCCCCAUCUUUCCGGUAGAUUUCCCUACUGUUCCAAAUCUGCGGUACGGCCUGCAGCCUUUGACUAAUUCAUACAGAUAUGCGGCUUCUGGUAUUUUCUCGGGUGCUGAGGUUUUGGGGCAUGAAACUCAGAAGAAGAAGAUGAUGAAUCAUCGGCUGCAGGAGCUGGAGAAGGAGCUUCUAGGUGACGAAGACGACGGAGAUGAGGUCUCCGUCGUCACCCACAGCGACUGGUCGGAGACGAUCCAGAAUCUAAUCGCCCCUACCAAAAUGCCCAUUUCUCCGUCUCCGACUUCCUCUUCCUCCUCGUGCUCAUCCACGUCAGCGUCUCCUCCGAUCCUGACCACCAAUCAGUCUCUGAUAGACGCCGCUGCAGCUAUCUCAGAAGGAAAUUUGGCCGCCGCAACCGAAAUCAUCACGCGCAUCCAGCAGCUCGCUAACCCCAAGGGUACCUCGGAACAGAGGCUAACAUCUUUCAUGGUUUCGGCUCUUAAAUCGCGCGUGUACCCGACCGGGAAUCCUCAUUCGACGUCGGAGCUCUACAGCAAAGAGCACAAAUUAUCAACGCAAAUGCUGUAUGAGGUGUUGCCGUGUUUCAAGCUCAGUUUCAUGGCCGCUAAUCUCGCCAUCCUCAACGCAACCUCAGAGCAGGGGUUUCAGAGGAUUCACGUUGUGGAUUUCGAGAUCGGCGAGGGUGGACAGUACAUGCAUCUCCUCCACGCGCUGGCGGCGAAUCAAUCCGGGGUAAAACGCGCCGCCGCGUUGAAAAUCACCGCCUUCUCGGAUAAUACCUCCGGCGGCGAUGAAAAGCUGAAAAUCGUCGGCGAGAGACUGCACACAUUGGCCGACAAAAUCUGCGUCCGAUUCGAUUUCUCAGUGAAGAAAUUGAUCGUCAGCGAUUUGAACCGAAUUAAAUUGGGAAUCGAGCCCGACGAAGCCCUAGCCGUUAACUUGGCGUUCAAGCUGCACAAUCUACCCGACGAGAGCGUGACGACGGAUAAUUUGAGGGACGAGCUGCUCCGCCUCGUGAAAGGUCUGUCUCCGGACGUGACGACAGUGGUGGAGCAGGAGAUGAACGCCAACACGGCGCCGCUGACCGUGCGCGUGAGGGAGGCCUGCGAGCUCUAUGGCGCGCUGCUUGACUCGCUCGACGCGACCGUGUCGCGGGGAAACCCGGACCGAGUCAGGAUCGAGGAGGGGGUGGGUCGGAAAAUCGUGAACUCGGUGGCGUGCGAGGGGAGGGAGCGGGUGGAGAGGUGCGAGGUGUUCGGCAAGUGGCGGGCUAGGAUGAGUAUGGCCGGGUUUGAAUCGGUGGCGAUGAGUCAACCCAUGGCGGACUCGCUUCGGGCGAGGCUGAACUCUGGGACACGUGGCAACCCAGGAUUCACCGUGACCGAGCAAUCCGGUGGCAUAUGCUUUGGGUGGAUGGGACGGACCCUCACUGUCGCAUCUGCUUGGCGUUGAUUUUACCAAAAAAAAAGUGUGAAUUUAAUUUCGGUAUUUUUUAUUUUCCGUUGACGCAUUUGUUGAAUUAGCGUUUGUAUUACUAUUUCGGUGAAUUUGAUCUUUCUUGAAUUAAUUGUUA